AUGGCAACCGACACACCGACCUUAUCUUACCAAGAACUCGCUGCUCAAAAGCGCGAGCGCCAGCUCGAUCUGAUUCCUGCCGAGUGGCGCUUGGAUCCAAUUCCCUCGGUAGACUCUGCACCCAACGCCCUGCUAUAUAUUCGUCAGACGUUAAGUCCGACUGAGCUUGCUCUGACCGAGGAAACCGAUAUCACUGUCUUACUGCGCAAGCUUUCCUCUGGCGAGCUUUCUUCCCUAGAGCUUACGCGGGCAUUCGCUAAGCGCGCAGCGCUGGCACACCAAUUAACAACAUGUUGCACGGAAAUAUUUUUCGAAGAAGCCUUCGCUGUCGCUAAAGAGAUGGAUGAACAUCUCGCUACUACAGGCAAGACGCUAGGGCCUCUACACGGGCUGCCAGUGUCAAUUAAAGAUUUAUUUUCUGUUAAGGGCGUGGAUACAUCCAUUGGAUGGGUCGGUCUCACCAAUAACCCAGCCCAAGCCGAUAAAUCCGUCGCCAGAACACUUCGCAGACUAGGCGCUGUUCUCUACGUGAAAACAAAUCUGCCCCAGUCAAUGAUGAUGUCUGACUCGUAUAAUCAUGUCUGGGGCCAGUGCGUUAAUCCUUUCAAUCGGAAUCUGAUCUCGGGUGGCAGUUCUGGUGGCGAGGGAUCUAUUGUUGCGGCCAGGGGAAGUCCGCUUGGUAUUGGGACUGAUCUUGGUGGAUCAAUUCGUAUUCCUGCUGGGCUUUGUGGGCUUUAUGGGCUUUCGCCUAGCCCGGGGAGACAUCCUUAUGAGCGGGGGAACCCCGGUCAAGAUAUUGUUCGCUCGGUCGCUGGACCUAUGAGUGUCAGUCUUGCCAGUAUUGAGCGGUAUAUGGAGGCUGUGCCGUGUGCCUCGCCUUGGGAGUUAGAUCAGCACGUUGCUCCCGUGCCGUGGCGGAGGAGUCUUGCUUCACUGCGGCCUAAGAGGUUGAAGAUUGGGUUUCUGGUUGAUGAUGGUGUUGUUAGAUGUCAGCCGCCUGCUGAACGUGGUGUUCGGGAUGUUAUUGAGGCUUUGAAGGCGGCUGGUCAUGAAGUCUUUGAGUGGGACGCCUCAUCUCAUGCGUAUGCAUAUGAGUUAUGGGAGAAAGCUAUUCUUUCUGAUGGUGGUGAAGGAUGUCGUCGGAUGAUUGAGUUAACUGGUGAACCUCUCAUCGAGGGUAUGCUUGUUGGGAAAGAGAAGAAUAUCUUGACUACAUCGGAAACGCAUCAGUUGAACGCCGCCAAAUAUAAAUACGAGACUUCAUAUCUCGAGCGCUGGAUCUCAUCUGGCAUCGAUGCUUUGAUCAUGCCCAAUACGCCCUGGGUCGGAUAUAAGCCCUGGACCUGGGUUAAAUCUAAUAACUAUGUGGGAUACACUAGUAUCUGGAACUUGGUAGGGUAUGCGGCUUUGACUGUUCCUGCUACGACGGUUUCUAGGGACAAGGAUGUGCCGAGUCAGGACUGGCUCGAUCAUGUUCCUAGGAACCCGGGCGACAAGUUCAAUAAGGAGCAAUGUGAGUUUGCCAUCCGCAAAUGUGUGACUAAGAUACUGAUGACUUUAGAUGAUAUCGACUUGGUCGAUGGUAUGCCGGUGGGUGUGCAGGUGGUGGGAGGUAGAUUCGGUGAAGAAAAAUGCGUUGCUGUAGCCAAAGCUAUUGAGCAGGCGAUGAGAUGGAAGGAUUUGGCUCGACCGAGUCUUUAA